CAGAAAUCCUCCACCACCCCCACGUCUCCACAAAAACUUGUGCUACAAAUACUUACACGUCGCCCCUCUCUAAUUCCCACCACUCACUGAGAAGCACCCAGCAGCAACAGCCGGCUAGGCCACCGUACGGACCCCGGAGCAGCACACAUGGCAUCCACGAUCAUGGCCGCCGCCUCCCGCGCCGUUGUGGCCAAGACCCCGUUCCUCAGCGGCCAGGGCCGCGCCGCCAGCGCCACCCCCCUCCGCGACAUCGCCGCCGCGGCCAACGGCAGAAUCACCAUGGGCAACGACUUGUGGUACGGCCCGGACCGCGUCAAGUACCUGGGCCCCUUCUCCGCGCAGACGCCGUCGUACCUGAACGGCGAGUUCCCCGGCGACUACGGCUGGGACACCGCCGGGCUUUCUGCCGACCCGGAGGCGUUCGCGAGGAACAGGGCGCUGGAGGUGAUCCACGGGCGGUGGGCGAUGCUUGGCGCUCUUGGGUGCGUCUUCCCCGAGGUGCUCCAGAAGUGGGUGGGCGUCGAGUUCAAGGAGCCCGUCUGGUUCAAGGCCGGCUCGCAGAUCUUCUCCGAGGGUGGCCUCGAUUACCUUGGGAACCCCAACCUCGUCCACGCGCAGAGCAUCCUUGCCGUGCUCGGCUUCCAGGUCCUUCUCAUGGGUCUCGUUGAAGGGUUCCGCAUCAACGGUCUCGAUGGCGUCGGCGAGGGCAACGACCUCUACCCCGGCGGCCAGUACUUCGACCCGCUCGGCCUUGCCGACGACCCUGUCACCUUCGCUGAGCUUAAGGUGAAGGAGAUCAAGAAUGGCCGUCUCGCCAUGUUCUCUAUGUUUGGGUUCUUCGUCCAAGCUAUCGUCACCGGUAAGGGCCCAUUGGAGAACCUGUUCGACCACCUCGACGACCCUGUCGCCAACAAUGCAUGGGUUUUCGCUACCAAGUUUGCGCCUGGAUCUUAGGCUGGCCGACGCGCCAUGGUGGCAUGCCAUUGUAAAGUGUAAACUACUCCCAUGUGUGUGCAAAUAGCAACGAAUGGUCGAUGUGAUCUCGAAAUUUGGAGGAUUUUUUGGUUCA